AUGGGCAACGAGGCCAGCCUGGAGGGCGGCGCUGGGGACGGGCCACUGCCACCCGGAGGCGUGGGGCCCAGCGCCGGGAAGCCUCCUUCAGCACCCGCCGGUGGCGGACAGCUCCCGGCGGCAGCCCUGACACGGCCCACAGCGGGACAGCCAGGCCCCGGCCCAGGCACCGGCCCCGGCCCUGGUCCUGGCCCAGGCCAGGGCCCAGACAGUGUUUCUCGGAGACUGGACCCCAAGGAGCCCCUCGGUAGCCAGAGAGCAGCUUCCCCAACCCUAAAGCAAACUUCUGCUACUGCUCCAGGCCGUGAGAGUCCCCGGGAAACCAGGGCACAGGGGCCAGCAGGCCAGGAGGCUGAUGGUCCCCGCAGGACGCUGCAGGUAGACAGCAGGACACAGAGAUCAGGGCGGUCCCCCUCUGUGUCACCAGAGAGAGGCACCCCCACAUCACCCUACUCCGUCCCCCAGAUUGCCCCUCUUCCCAGCAGCACCCUGUGCCCCAUAUGCAAGACCUCGGAUCUCACAUCAACCUCCAGCCAGCCAAACUUCAAUACGUGCACCCAGUGUCACAACAAGGUCUGCAACCAGUGUGGGUUCAACCCCAACCCUCAUCUUACACAGGUGAAGGAGUGGCUCUGUCUGAACUGUCAGAUGCAGAGGGCUCUGGGAAUGGACAUGACCACUGCACCUCGCUCUAAGAGCCAGCAGCAGCUGCACUCCCCAGCCCUGUCUCCUGCUCACUCCCCAGCCAAACAGCCCCUGGGGAAGCCAGAAAAAGAGCAAUCUCGGGGCCCUGGGAGUCCACAGCUGGGCUCCCGUCAGGCAGAGACAUCCAGGGCCACAUCAGUGCCGGGGCCUGCCCAAGCAGCUGCCCCUCCAGAGGUGGGGAAAGUGUCUCCUCAGCCCUCUUUCCCCACCAAGCCUUCCACAGCUGAGUCCAGGCCAUCUUCAGGAGAGGCCACAGUAAAAAGUGCCACCACACUGCCCGCUGGGCUUGGUGCCAGUGAGCAGACCCAGGAGGGCCUCACUGGGAAGCUCUUUGGCCUUGGUGCAUCGCUGCUGACCCAGGCAAGCACCCUCAUGUCUGUGCAGCCUGAAACUGACCCCCAGGGCCAUUCUUCUCCUAGUAAGGGUCCGCCCAAGAUUGUCUUCAGUGAUGCCAGCAAGGAAGCUGGCCCAAGACCCCCAAGCUCAGGGCCUGGGCCAGCACCGGGAGCCAAAACUGAGCCUGGGGCUAGAACGGGGCCUGGAUCUGGGCCUGGAACCCCAGCAAAGACUGGAGGAACAACCAGUCCAAAGCAUGGCAAAGCAGAACAUCAAGCAGCACCUAAGGCUAUGGCCAAGCCAAAGACUACGCCGAAGGAGAAGGCUACUUGCCCACUGUGCCAAGCUGAGCUCAAUGUGGGCAGCAAAGGCCCUGCCAACUAUAAUACAUGCACCACCUGCAAGCUCCAGGUGUGCAACCUGUGUGGCUUCAACCCAACACCCCACCUGGUAGAGAAAACAGAGUGGCUCUGUCUGAACUGCCAAACUAAGAGGCUGCUGGAGGGCAGCCUGGGAGAACAGACUCCACUGCCACUGCCCACCUCACAGCAUCCCCCUACAGGGGCUCCUCACCAUGCAGCCGGAGCAGCCCCUUUGAAGCAGAAAGGGGCACAGGGGCUGGUUCAGCCAUCGGGCCCCCUGCCUGCCAAGGCCAGCCCCUUGCCCACCAAGGCCACCCCUCAACCCACUAAGGCUAGCCCCCAGGCCAAGACCUUCAAGGCUUCUGAAUCCAGCAAGACCACAAGCAGUGCCCAGGAAAAGAAGACAGGAGUACCUGCUAAAGCUGAGCCCAUACCGAAGCCACCUCCAGAGACAACUCUGCCCCCAGGGACUCCUAAAGUAAAGAGUGGAAUAAGGAGGAUUGAACGUGCCAGCCCUGCUGUCAAGGCUGUUCCAGAAGCCGCCAAGAGUGGGGAGACAGAGGAGCCAUUGGGCAAGCCUUACUCUCAGGACCUGUCUCGGAGCCCACAAAGCCUCAGUGACACAGGCUAUUCCUCUGACGGCAUCUCCAGCUCCCAGAGUGAGAUUACUGGUGUUGUACAGCAGGAAGUGGAGCAGCUGGACAGUGCAGGAGUGACAGGGCCACGCCCACCCAGCCCCUCAGAACUCCAUAAGGUGGGGAGCAGCAUGCGGCCUUUGCUGGAGACCCAGGCUGCAGCUCCCAGUGUUGAGCGGAGCAAACCGCCCUGCAGCAUGACCAGUGAGGAGCAGAAGCGGCGGCCCCACUCCUUGUCCAUCAUGCCUGAGGCCUUUGACUCUGAUGAGGAGCUGGAAGAUAUCCUAGAAGAAGAUGAAGACUCUCUGGAGUGGGGGCACCAGAGGGAACAGCGAGACACAGCUGAGUCCUCAGAUGACUUUGGCAGCCAGCUGAGGCAUGACUAUGUGGAAGACAGCAGUGAAGGCGGCCUGUCUCCACUUCCACCCCAGCCCCCACUUCGGGCAGCAGAGCUGACAGAUGAAGAGUUUAUGCGACGACAGAUUCUAGAGAUGAGUGCUGAGGAGGACAACCUAGAAGAGGAUGACACUGCUGCCUCAGGGCGUGGCCUAGUCAAACAUGGCACCCAGAAGGGGGGCACCAGGCCUAGACCCGAACCUGGUCAAGAACCAGCAUCACUUCCCAAGAGGCGUCUACCCCACAAUGCCACCACAGGCUAUGAGGAACUGUUGUCAGAGGGGGGGCCUGCAGAACCCACCGACAGUGGUGGGACCCUGCAGGGUGGGCUGCGCCGCUUCAAGACGAUUGAGCUCAAUAGUUCAGGCAGCUACAGCCAUGAACUAGAUCUGAGCCAAGGCUCUGAUGCCAGUCUAGACAGGGAGCCUGAGUUAGAGAUGGAGAGCCUGACAGGCUCACCUGAGGAUCGCUCCCGUGGAGAGCACUCCUCCACACUGCCUGCCUCUACACCCAGCUAUACCUCAGGCACCUCUCCCACCUCCCUGUCUUCAUUAGAGGAGGAUAGUGACAGCAGCCCUAGCCGCAGGCAGCGGCUAGAAGAAGCAAAGCAGCAACGCAAAGCCCGGCAUCGCUCCCAUGGGCCCCUGCUGCCCACCAUUGAGGACUCCUCAGAGGAGGAGGAGUUGAGAGAGGAAGAGGAGCUGCUGCGUGAGCAGGAGAAGAUGCGUGAGGUGGAGCAGCAACGGAUCCGCAGCACAGCCCGCAAGACUCGGCGUGACAAGGAAGAGCUGAGGGCCCAGAGGCGCCGUGAGCGCUCCAAGACACCACCCAGUAACCUGUCACCCAUUGAGGAUGCAUCUCCCACAGAGGAGCUGAGGCAGGCAGCUGAAAUGGAGGAGCUCCACCGCUCCUCUUGCUCUGAGUACUCACCUUCACCUUCCCUUGACUCAGAGGCUGAGGCCCUGGAUGGUGGCCCUAGCCGGCUGUACAAGUCGGGCAGUGAGUACAACCUGCCCACCUUCAUGUCCCUCUAUUCCCCCACUGAGAUGCCUUCAGGCAGCUCUACCACUCCCAGCUCUGGACGACCCCUCAAGAGUGCAGAGGAAGCCUAUGAGGAGAUGAUGAGAAAAGCUGAACUGCUACAGAGGCAGCAGAGCCAGGGAGUAGGGGUUCACGGGCCCCACAGUGGCCCCUCUCAGCCCACAGGCCCCCGCAGUCAGGCGUCUUUCGAAUACCAAAAGGCCUCAGAUCAUGAGUAUGGCAGGGCAGCUCAGUCUGCACCAGAGGGCACAGCAGCUAGCCUGGGAACAGCUGUGUAUGAGGAGAUCCUUCAGACAUCACAGAGCAUAGCCCGCAUGCGGCAGGCCUCCUCCCAGGACAUGGCCUUUCCUGAGGACAAGAAGCAGGAAAAGCAGUUUCUGAAUGCUGACAGUGCAUACAUGGACCCAAUGAAGCAAAAUGGUGGCCCACUUACCCCUGGCACUAGUCCCACCCAGCUUGCUGCACCUGUGUCUUUCACCACUUCCACCUCCUCAGAUAGCAGUGGAGGGCGAGUUAUUCCUGAUGUCCGUGUCACUCAGCAUUUUGCAAAGGAGCCUCAGGACCCUCUCAAGCUACAUAGCAGCCCCACCUUUCCAGGCUCAGCCUCCAAGGAAGUAGGCACAUCCUUUUCCCAGGGCCCUGGGACUCCAGCCACCACAGCUGUAGCUCCUGGUCCAGCUAGCCUGCCACAAGGGUAUAUGACUCCAACCUCCCCAGCUGGCUCUGAGCAUACUCCUUCACCAUCUUCCACAACCUAUAGCUAUGGACAGAGCCCAACCACUGCAAACUAUGGGUCCCAAACUGAGGAGCUCCCUGAGGCCUCCAGUGGCCCUGCUGCAGGCAGCCGGGCUGCUAGAGAGAAAGCCCUCGGUGGGACUGACGGUGAAGCUGGCCCUCCCCAUGCUUCCAGGGAGUAUUCCUACUUUGCAGAGCCUAGCCCACCUCUUUCUCCAUCUUCUCCCUCAGAGAGCCCUACAUUCUCUCCAGGGAAGCUGGGCCCAAGAGCCACGGCAGAGUUCUCUACACAGACGCCAAGCCCAACCCCUUCCUUAGAAAUGCCUCGGAGCCCUGGUACCCCCACCUCUACCUCUAUGGUAGCCCAGGGCACACAAACACCACACAGACCCAGCACGCCUCGCCUGGUGUGGCAGCAGACUUCUCAAGAGGCUCCUUUUAUGGUGAUCACACUGGCAUCAGAUGCCUCCAGUCAGACCAGGAUGGUACAUGCCAGUGCCUCCACCUCCCCACUGUGCUCACCUACUGACAGCCAGCCCACCACCCACAGCUACAGCCAGACAACACCUCCAAGUGGGUCUCAGCUGCCCCCAGAGCCACCUGGCUUCCCACGAGCUCCAAAUGCUGGUGUAGAAGGUCCCCUGGCACUAUAUAGCUGGGGCACCCUCCCUGCUGAAAACAUUUCUCUAUGUCGGAUCUCCUCUGUCCCUGGAACAUCUAGAGUUGAGCCAGGGCCCAGGCCCCCUGGCAGUGCAGUGGUAGACCUCCGCACAGCUGUCAAGCCCACACCUAUCAUCCUCACUGACCAGGGUAUGGAUCUGACCUCUCUUGCCGUGGAAGCAAGGAAGUAUGGCCUUGCCCUAGAUCCCAUCCCAGGACGGCAGUCAACUGCCGUGCAGCCUUUGGUUAUCAACCUCAAUGCCCAGGAGCAGACCCAUGCCUUCCUGGGCACUGCCACUACUGUAAGCAUUACCAUGGCCUCCACUGUGCUCAUGACUCAGCAGAAGCAGCCUAUGGUGUAUGGAGACCCAUUUCAAAGUCGACUUGACUUUGGCCAGGGUUCAGGUAGUCCUGUGUGCCUAGCCCAGGUCAGGCAAGUUGAACAGGCUGUCCAGACAGCCCCAUACAGAGGUGGAUCCCGGGGAAGGCCCAGGGAGGCCAAGUUUGCCAGGUAUAAUUUGCCCAACCAGGUAGCACCUCUGGCCAGGAGGGAUGUGUUAAUCACUCAGAUGGGAACUACCCAGAGUGUUAGCCUCAAGUCAGGUCCAGUGUCAGAGCCUAGUGCUGAACCCCACCGGGCCAUUCCUACAGAGCUACGGUCACAUGCUCUGCCAGGUGCCAGGAAGCCACACGCUGUGCUGGUGCAGAUGGGUGAAGGCACAGCAGGCACUGUGACCACACUGCUCCCAGAGGAACCAACAAGUGCCCUGGAUCUCACUGGGAUGAGGCCUGAGAGCCAGCUGGCAUGCUGUGACAUGGUCUACAAGUUCCCCUUUGGCAGUAGCUGCACUGGUACUUUUCAUCCUGCCCCCAGUGCACCUGAGAAGAGUGUGGCAGAUCCUGCCCUGCCUGGCCAGAGCAGUGGCCCCUUCUACAGUUCUCGGGACCCUGAGCCUUCUGAGCCCCCCACCUACCGAGCACAAGGGGUAGUGGGGCCUGCACCCCAUGAAGAGCAGAGACCCUACCCACAAGGCCUCCCUGGCAGGCUGUAUUCCUCCAUGUCUGACACCAAUUUGGCUGAGGCUGGCCUCAACUACCAUGCCCACAGGCUUGGGCAGCUCUUUCAGGGCCCUGGACGAGACUCAGCCAUGGACCUCAGCUCCCUGAAGCACUCCUACAGCUUAGGUUUUGCAGAUGGGCGCUACCUAGGACAGGGCUUACAGUAUGGCUCAUUCACAGACCUGCGCCACCCCACAGACCUUUUGGCUCAUCCGCUUCCCAUACGGCGCUAUAGCUCAGUGUCGAACAUCUACUCAGACCAUAGAUAUGGGCCACGGGGAGAAGCAGGUGGCUUCCAGGAGGCCAGCCUUGCCCAGUACAGUGCCACCACAGCCCGUGAGAUCAGUCGCAUGUGUGCUGCACUCAAUUCCAUGGACCAGUAUGGUGGGCGGCAUGGCAGUGGUGGCACUGGCUCUGACCUUGUGCAGUACCAGCCCCAGCAUGGGCCUGGGCUCAGUGCUCCACAGGGUCUGGCUCCCCUCAGACCUGGGCUUCUUGGGAACCCCACUUUCCCAGAGGGCCAUCCAAGCCCCAGGAGCCUGGCCCAAUAUGGCCCUGCAGCAGGCCAAGGAACAGCAGUUAGACAACUGCUGCCAUCCACAGCCACUGUGCGUGCAGCUGAUGGGAUGAUCUACUCAACUAUCAACACUCCAAUUGCUGCAACCCUGCCCAUCACCACCCAGCCAGCCUCAGUACUGAGGCCCAUGGUACGUGGAGGCAUAUACAGGCCUUAUAUGUCUGGUGGAGCCACAGCUGUGCCACUCACCAGCCUCACACGAGUACCAAUGAUUGCCCCCCGGGUGCCUCUUGGGCCUGCAGGGCUGUACCGAUAUCCUGCACCAAGUAGAUUCCCCAUUUCUUCAAGUGUCCCACCUGCUGAGGGGCCAGUUUAUCUGGGGAAACCUGCUGCUAAGGCCCCAGGGGUGGGGGGCACCCCCAGGCCAGAGUUGCCAGCAGGGGCUGCCCGAGAAGAACCUCAUUCUACAGCUGCCCCUGCUGCUAAGGAGUCUGCAACGGCUCCAGCACCUGCCCCACCACCUGGCCAGAAACCACCAGGAGAUGGUGCUGCUGGUGGAGGUGGCAGUGUGGUCCCUGGCCGGCCUGGCCUUGAGAAGGAGGAAGCAUCUCAGGAAGAGCGGCAACGAAAGCAACAGGAACAACUACUACAGCUGGAGAGAGAGAGGGUAGAACUGGAGAAGCUUCGACAGCUGCGGCUGCAAGAGGAACUAGAACGGGAGAGGGUGGAACUCCAGAGGCACCGUGAGGAAGAGCAGUUGCUGGUGCAGCGGGAAUUGCAGGAAUUGCAGACCAUCAAGCACCAUGUGCUACAGCAGCAGCAGGAAGAGCGCCAGGCUCAGUUUGCUCUGCAGCGAGAGCAACUGGCACAGCAGCGUCUUCAGCUGGAGCAGAUUCAGCAGCUACAGCAGCAGCUACAGCAGCAGCUAGAAGAACAGAAGCAGCGACAGAAGGCCCCCUUUCCUGCGGUCUGUGAGGCUCCUGGCCGAGGGCCUACCCCAGCUGCCCCUGAAGUAGCCCAGAAUGGCCAGUACUGGCCACCCUUGACCCACACUGCUUUUCUUGCUGUAGCAGGGCCUGAGGGGUCUGGGCAGUCCCGUGAGCCCAUUCUGCAGCGGGGCCUCCCUAGCUCUGCCUCAGACCUGUCACUGCAGACUGAGGAGCCAUGGGAGGCAACCCGCAGUGGCAUCAAGAAGCGGCAUUCCAUGCCCCGCUUGAGGGAUGCUUGUGAGCCAGAGUCAGCACCUGAGCCUUAUGUGGUCAGGAGAAUUGCAGACAGCAGUGUGCAGACAGAUGACGAGGAUGGUGAGGGCCGAUAUCUCCUGACUCGACGGCGCAGGACACGGCGGAGCACUGACUGCAGUGUGCAGACUGAUGAUGAGGACAAUGCUGAAUGGGAGCAGCCAGUGCGCCGCCGAAGGUCUCGUGUUUCCCGGCACUCUGACUCAGGCUCUGACAGCAAGCAUGAUGCCACUGCCUCAUCAUCCACUGCCGCCACCACUGCUAGGGCCAUGAGCAGUGUGGGCAUCCAAACAAUCAGUGACUGCUCUGUGCAGACGGAGCCUGACCAGCUGCCCAGGGUCUCUCCAGCCAUCCACAUCACAGCUGCCACUGACCCCAAAGUGGAAAUUGUCAGGUACAUAUCAGCACCAGAGAAGACUGGGCAUGGGGAGAGCCUGGCCUGCCAGACGGAGCCAGAUGGACAGGCGCAGGGUGUGGCUGGGCCACAGCUUGUAGGCCCAACUGCCAUCAGCCCCUACCUGCCUGGCAUUCAGAUUGUCACCCCAGGGUCCCUGGGGAGAUUUGAAAAAAAGAAGCCAGAUCCUCUGGAGAUUGGGUACCAGGCCCAUCUGCCCUUGGAGUCACUCUCCCAGCUUGUAAGUCGCCAACCUCCCAAGUCCCCCCAGGUCCUCUACUCACCAGUCUCACCCCUGUCCCCACAUCGGCUCCUGGACACCUCCUUUGCUUCCAGUGAGAGGCUGAACAAGGCUCAUGUGAGUCCACAGAAGCACUUCACAACUGACAGCACCCUCCGCCAGCAGACGCUGCCUCGGCCCAUGAAGACCCUGCAACGGUCCUUGUCUGACCCUAAGCCCCUCAGCCCCACCGCCGAAGAGUCUGCCAAAGAGAGAUUCUCCCUCUACCAGCACCAGGGGGGACUGGGUAGCCAGGUGUCGGCGCUGCCACCCAACGGCCUGGCCCGCAAGGUGAAGCGGACACUGCCCAGCCCGCCUCCAGAGGAGGCUCACCUUCCCCUGGCUGGCCAGGCCCCCCCACAGCUAUAUGCAGCCAGCCUGCUGCAGCGAGGGCUAGUGGGGCCUACCACCGUCCCUGCCACCAAGGCCAGCCUGCUUCGGGAGCUGGACCGGGACCUACGCCUGGUGGAGCAUGAGUCCACCAAGCUGCGCAAGAAACAGGCGGAGCUGGACGAGGAGGAGAAGGAAAUUGACGCCAAGCUCAAGUACCUAGAGCUGGGCAUCACACAGCGCAAAGAGUCUCUGGCCAAAGACCGGGGUGGCCGUGAAUGUUCACCCUUGCGCAGCCUUGGUGCACAUCGAGAUUACCUGUCAGACAGCGAGCUCAACCAGCUGCGGCUACAGGGGUGUACCACUCCCGCUGGCCAGUAUUCAGGCUUCCCAGCCACAGCCGCUGCACCAGCCACCCCGUCAGCCCCCACUGCAUUCCAGCAGCCCCGAUUCUCUCCUCCAGCCCCACAGUACACUGCAGGCAAUAUUGGGCCAACUCAGAAUGAACUCCUAGCCCACCAGGCACCCACCUACCCUGGCCCCAGCACAUACCCAGCACCUGCCUUUCCUGCCAGUACCACUUAUCCAGCUGAGCCUGGCCUGCCAAAUCAGCAGGCUUUCUGCCCCUCAGGUCACUAUACAGCCCAAACACCCAUGCCAACCACACAGAGCACCCUUUUGCCUAUCCCAGCUGACAGCCGUGCACCUCACCAGAAGCCACGCCAAACAUCAUUAGCUGACUUGGAGCAGAAGGUGCCCACCAACUAUGAGGUGAUUGCCAGCCCUGUUGUGGCCAUGUCAUCAGCCCCCUCUGAAACCAGCUAUAGUGGACCAGCAGUGAGCAGCAGCUAUGAGCAGGGCAGGACCCCUGAACUUCCCCGGGCCAGUGACCGUGGCAGUGUGAGCCAGAGCCCAGUCCCCACCUACCCCUCUGACUCACACUACACCAGUCUGGAGCAGAAUGUUCCUCGAAACUAUGUGAUGAUCAACGAUAUCAGUGAGCUGACCAAGGACAGCACUGUCCCUGAUAGCCAGCGGAUGGAGUCUUUGGGUCCAGGCAGCAGUGGGCGUUCUGGAAAGGAGUCUGGAGAACCAGGUGCCCUGGAGGGCCCCACACUGCCCUGCUGCUAUGCCAGAGGAGAGGAGGAAUCUGAGGAGGACUCAUACGAUUCCCGUGGAAAGCCUAGCCAUCACCACCGGAGUGUGGAGAGCAAUGGACGACCUGCUAGUACCCACUACUACAGUGACAGCGACUACAGGCAUGGGACUCGAGGAGAGAAGUAUGGUCCAGGGCUCAUGGGGCCCAAACAUCCCUCCAAGAGUCUGGCCCCAGCUGCCAUCUCCUCAAAACGAAGCAAACAUCGGAAGCAGGGAAUGGAGCAAAAAAUCUCCAAGUUUUCACCUAUUGAAGAGGCCAAGGAUGUGGAGUCAGAUCUGGCCUCUUAUCCCCCACCUGCUGUUAGUAGCAGCCUGGCCUCUCGGGGCAGGAAGUUUCAGGAUGAAAUCACCUAUGGGCUCAAAAAGAAUGUGUAUGAGCAGCAGAGAUACUAUGGGGUGUCCAGCCGGGAUGCAGCAGAGGAAGAUGACCGCAUGUAUGGGGGGAGCAGCCGGUCUCGGGUGGGGUCUGCAUACAGUGGAGAAAAGCUGUCUAGCCAUGAUUACAGUGGCCGAGGCAAGGGGUAUGAACGGGAACGGGAGGCCGUGGAGCGACUUCAGAAAGCAGGCUCCAAGCCCUCAUCACUGAGCAUGACCCAUGGCCGGAUGCGGCCACCCAUGCGGAGCCAAGCCUCUGAGGAGGAGAGCCCUGUCAGCCCCAUGGGGCGGCCUCGCCCUGCUGGGGGCACACUGCCUCCUGGCGAUACCUGUCCACAGUUCUGCUCCAGCCACUCCAUGCCUGAUGUCCAGGAGCAUAUCAAGGAUGGACCUCGAGCCCACUUGUAUAAACGUGAGGAGGGCUACAUCCUGGAUGAUUCUCACUGCGUGGUUUCUGACAGUGAAGCGUAUCACCUGGGCCAGGAGGAGACGGACUGGUUUGAUAAGCCCCGAGAUGCUCGUUCUGACCGGUUCAGACACCAUGGGGGCCACACAGUCUCCUCCUCCCAGAAGCGAGGCCCUGCCAGGCACAGCUACCACGACUACGAUGAGCCCCCUGAGGAGGGUCUGUGGCCUCAUGAUGAGGUUGGUCCAGGCCGUCAUGGCCCAGCCAAGGAACACCGGCACCACAGUGAGCACGGGCGGCAUGCAGGCCGCCAUGCUGGUGAGGAGCCGGGAAGGCGUGCUGCCAAAUCACAUGUUCGGGACCCGGGUCGCCAUGAGGCCCGGCCCCACGCUCAGCCCAGCUCUGCCUCAGCCAUGCUGAAGAAGGGUCAGCCUGGGUACCCCAGCCCAACUGAUUAUUCCCAGCCAUCUCGUGCUCCAGCAGCAUACCACCACACCUCUGACAGCAAGAAGGGCUCCCGGCAGGCCCACUCUGGGCCUGCUGCACUGCAGCCAAAGCCAGAACCCCAGGCACUGCCACAGUUGCAAGGUCGGCAGGCAGCUCCAGGGCCACAGCAGUCACAGCCACCAUCAUCCAGGCAGAUGGCCUCAGGAGCAGCAUUGCGCCAGCCACAGAUACAGCAGCAGCAACAGCAGCAACAGCAGCAGCAGCAGCAGCCACAACAGCAGCAGCAGCAGCAGCCGGGUCUUGGGCAGCAGCCUCCCCAACAGGCCUCGUCGCAGGCUCGGCCACAACAGCAGAGCCAGGCAACUGCCCGGGGCCCAGCCACUGCUGCAAGCCAGCCAGCAGGGAAGCCCCAGCCAGGCUCCACAACAGCCACAGGCCCCCAGCCAGCAGGACUGCCACGGGCAGAACAGGCAGAUGGCUCUAAAGUGACGACCAAAACACCCCAACAGGGGAGAGCUCCCCAGGCCCAGCCAACACCAGGACCUGGACCUACAGGCACAAAGGCUGGAGCCAGACCUGGAGGACCCCCGGGGGCUGCUCCUGGCCAGCCAGGUGCUGAUGGGGAGAGCGUGCUCUCCAAGAUCCUCCCUGGUGGGGCAGCAGAACAAGCCGGCAAGCUAACGGAAGCUGUCUCUGCUUUUGGCAAAAAAUUCUCCUCAUUCUGGUGACCUUGCCCAGCAGGGCUCUUGAAGGCAUAAAGACAGAUGAUGUCAUUGCUGUGGAAAAAUCUCUGGAGUCAAAGACCUGGGCGCAGCUCUGGACUCUGCGUAUAACACAUCUACAAUCUGGCAAACCCUUGGCCCAAAGACUCACAGCAAGUGGGCUGUGGCAGGCAGGACUCAGUUGAGG